AUUGCCUAACCCUGUGCUGACUGACUCGCCCUUCCUAAAAGCACUCGUCCUUCACUCGGCCACACUUGACUGUGUGGCCUAGUGAUAUUCAAGUGAGCUGGGGUGGCGCCCCUGUGCUAAAAAUAGCCGUCCGUCACUGCUGCACCCCUCUUCAAAACACUGAGCACGCUACAAUGGCCGGUGUUGAAUUACCACAGAUGCUGCUGUAUCUCACUGGGGGAGGAUUGCUAAACACGGUGUUAACUGUUGAUGGAGAGAAAAAAGAAUCCAAGUUCUUCAAUGCUGCAAGAAAACGCCCAUGAAACCAAUCAGAAUGGAGCUUCCCUUACUGCAGAUGAACCCAGACAUGUUCACACACAAUCAUCUCCAUCGCUCUCCCCACUGCUUCCCAAAGCUCUCUCCGCUGUUCUGCAAGCCAGGCAACCCCCACCGAGCCUCGACCCCGCGCCUCGACCCUUCAGAGGUCCAACAGAUCACUCGUCACCCACACUGGAGCGACUGCAGUCCGAGCUGAGAGAACUGAGGGAGCAGUUUGAACAGAUGAAGAGUCAACACAACAAGGAAAUUAAACUGCUCAUGAAUGAGCUGGAUGAGGAGAAGAGAAUUCGUCUGACCUUACAGAUGGAGCUACAACGUAUGAAGAAGCACAUGUCAAAAUGACACCAAUUACUAACUAAAAUUAUUGUAGCCAAAUAUGGUGUGGGAACUAAGCUGCACCAUACGGAGAACUGUUGCUGACGUAUGGACAUAAGUAAAAUACUAAGAACUGCUUCUAGCAUGAUAUAGUGCAGUUCUACACCUACAGUGCAAACUAAAAAAAUAGAUUGUUACAUUAAUACCUUCACGAUAAUGCAAAUCAAUUUCCUUUUACAGGGGCAUUAUUUUGUUCACACAACUUUUGUAUUGGAUUGUGCAGAUUUACCUCAUGGUCUGGUCAAUGAACGCACAUGUAUUUCUGAAACUGUUUUUGGUAGAUGAAGUAAAAAAAAAACCAAUAUUGUAUUAUUAUUAUUAUUAUUAUUAUUAGUCAUAGUUCCCAAGAGUAAAUGAGCCAGUGUCACUUCAUUUAUAGAAGAACACCAUGUAGUGUUUUAAUUCAAUUUCUCUUGUUUUGUGUUUUAGUUGACUUUCUUUGUUUUCCAUGUGUAAUGUCUUAAUGUGUACAGUGAAAGAGAGGAAGGACAAGAAGGAGAAGGUGUAAAUAUGCACAAAUGAGUGAUUGUGUGUGGGUUUUUUUUUUUGUUUGUUUUUUAAGACUACAUUACACCGUACUUAGAGCAUAGUGUUGUACUUUCCAAAUGUGUGCAAAAAAAAAAUGCUGUGAAAUGACUCGCUUGUUGGUUGGAAUCCAUUAAAGGCAGAAUAUUGGAAAAUG